UGCUCUACCGACUGAGCUAAAGAGGCUUAAGCCACUACAGCUGGACUGUCACUACAGCUGGACUGUAGUAGCAACUUGAUAUCAAGGGUCGUUACAACAUUAAGACAGGGUGAGAAACAACUUUUUAUUAUUUACAUGCAAUCUUAAAUUUAAUGUAUUGUGAAAUAUUGUUUUAACGGCUUAAUAUAUUUAUAACUAGUCUUAUGAAAUAGCAAUUGUAUAAACAGGACGUUGUUUUCCAUACUUCUGUUUUCUCUAAGACUUAAAACAAUUUACGAAUUUAUAAAAAUUAGAGUUUACCCAAAAGAAAAUAAAUCGUUCUUAUUUAGGGUGUACAGCCCUUAUUAAAAGGAUUUCAUGAACGACUUAAUGUUGGUUUUGAAUUGAAAAGAGUCUUGUUUGCCAUGAACGUGGGACUUUUCGUCGCAUUGGUGCUACCAGUAGCAGUGCUGGCUUGGAACUACCAGGACGAUGAAGGUCCGAAUGUUUGGAAGAACAGCUAUCCAAUCUGUGGCAGAAGCCAGCAAUCCCCAGUGGACAUCGACCCAACAAAGAGUAUAUUUGAAGCAAAACUCAGCUCUCCGUUUGUCUUUGGCAACUAUGACAAGCCUUAUUCUAGCAAACCUGUCAAGAUAAAAAACAAUGGACACAGUAUUGAGGUGGAUAUUCUGCAAUCCGCGGACGUUCCAGUGAUUGUCCGUGGUGGAGGACUGCCGGGUACAUACCGUGGUGUGCAGCUUCAUUUCCAUUGGGGAAGCACCAACAACCAAGGAUCUGAACACACCGUCAAUGGCAGGAAAUAUCCAAUAGAACUUCAUAUCGUCCACUACAACACGGACAGAUUCAGGGAGUUUGGAGAUGCCGUUGCCCAAUCGGAAGGUCUUGCAGUGUUGGGAGUUUUCCUUGAAAUCACUAAGGAAGAUAACCCUGCACUUUCUCCUAUCACCGACGCAAUAAAAACGCUUGCAGUUCCGGGGUCUUCUACAUGGUCAACGACUGCUUUGGAACUAGACGAGCUUCUGCCUAAGUCAACACACAAGUUCUACCGUUAUAGUGGAAGUCUAACCACUCCACCUUGCUUUGAAAGUGUCGUGUGGACAGUCUUCCAAGAUCCAGUGGGCAUUUCUGAAAAUCAGCUGAUGGAGUUCAGGCGUAUGUUUGAUAGCGAUAAGAACCACAUGGAGAACAACUACCGACCUCCUUUAAGUAUGAAUGGUAGAACUCUAUACUCCAGCACCUCCACAAAAACAGAGCUUUAACAUGGAAGGUGAACUUGACUUAAGGCACUUAUCACUUACAAUGGCGGAUCCAGAAGCUAACAAGAGGACCCAAAUUUCAGAUCAGGCAAAAAUAUCCGGGCCACUAUUCCAUAAAUAGUCCCAAAUUUUGAUAAUUUGAGGCCCGUUGAUAAAAAGGUCCAAAAAUGCAAAAGUUAUGCCCAAGAAUGGGCACUAAUGGAGCCCAUACAAAAUCUCCGGGCCCAAAAUAUUUCUUUUCUGGUCCCACCAAAUGGGGAGGGUCUGCUUUUGUCAGAAACGUAUUACUCAAGUAAAAUGUGGACAUUGAGAGAAUGUUGUAAGUUGUGUAUGUAACA